ACAGCUGCACUAGAGAAACAUUUGUUUAUUUUGUUUAUAUCGAGUGUUUGCAUUAACUAAGCUGCAGAAAUGCUGCACGCACCGGCAAUGCAAUCCAUACCCACUCUGCACCAGCCGCUGCACUCCAAGGUAUCGAAUUACCUGAACAACCAGCGGAGAACCGGACAGUUCUGUGACCUGCUCCUCGAACUGGAUUCGGAUGAUUCCCUCAGCUUGAGCGUCCAUUUCUGCGUGCUGGCUGCGCAGAGCCAGUUCAUCAACACCAAUCAGAAGCAGCAGCAGUUCUCCAUUCACAAUCCGCUGAAGAUCACCAUCCGGAAUUUCAGCUGCACCCAAUGCCUGCACACAAUUGUGGACUUCUUCUACGAGGACUUGGUUUCCGUGUCCAAGGAGCACGAGCUGCACUUUCGGGAGCUAGCGCAAAUCCUGGCUGUCACAGAACUACUGAAUCUCUACCAGUUGCAGCCCUUGGGCGAGGAAAAGGAAGCCACAGAGAUCACAGCACCUGGAGAGCCGCAAUCAAAUCCAGAGCAAGCUAAGAAAGCGGAGGCUGUGUUCGAGAAUCGACAGAGUUACUUCAAGCUUAAGAAUCCGCGAGCGGUAAAGUCCAGCAGCAAAGUGAACUACUGCAUUGGCUGUGACUACAAGUGCUACCAGGUGCAGAAAAUGAUCGAACACAUGGGCAGCUGUGAGCCGUCCCAUUUGACCUGCUCGCUGUGCGAAGUGGGCUUCCUGGACUGGCGGGAAUACGACACUCACCUCCGCCGGCACUCCGGUGAUCUGCGUAAGCCCUUCUUUUGCUUGCAGUGCGGCAUCCGCUUUAACACCCGAGCUGCGCUGCUCGUCCACCAGCCCAAGCAUUCCACGGAGACGCCGCACAUUUGCCCCCAUUGCGGCAAGGGCUUCAAGUGGAAGCAGGGCCUGAGCAACCACAUCCUGGUCCACAAUCCCGAGAAGCAAAUGCUCUGCGACGUCUGCGGCUACAGCACCACCCACAUGAAGGCCCUCAAGUCCCACAAACUACUGCACACCGGGGAAUUCUUUGCGUGCACAGUUACGGGCUGCAAGCAUCGAGCCAAUCGCAAGGAGAACCUCAAACUGCACAUUGAAACGCACAAGCAGGGUCGUGAUUUCAUUUGCGAGAUCUGCGGCUGCAAGUUCAGCCAGAGCAAAAACCUCAAGCGUCACGCCUUGAAGCACACGGAGAAUGGUCCGAACCGCUACAAGUGCCAGCUGUGUGGAUUCAGUAGCCAUCGCUCCGACAAAAUGAAAGAGCACGUGCAGCGGGUUCACACGGAGAAGGCGGUGCAAUUGGAGCUCUCGGAAACGGUGGAUAGUAGCUUUCCCGAUGACUUUGAUCUUCCCGUGAUCGACACGUCACCCAAGAAGAAACCAAAGGAUGUUAAGAGCAAGACUAAAAGGAAUGUAAAUCCUGACAAGCGACUGAAAACACUACUGCCCAAGAUUGAAUAGGAGCUAAACGGAAGUUUACUACUGAAACCUACAUAUUUAACAAGAGAUUUGUGAAAACCAACUUUCAUAUAUGUACAUAUUUGAGCUACCGAAAAAGUAUCGUUUUAAA